AUGGUCAUGAGGCAUAAGAGCCAAAGCCCUUUUCUAUUCUGUCGUGAUAAAGGGAAAGCAGUCCUGAAUGAAGAUGAACCCAGCGACGAUAUCUCCGAUGAUGAGGGCCAGCUGCCUCCUGAACACUAUUUGGCCCAAGCAAAGAGCUUGAAUGUCUCCCAGCUUCGACAGCAGCGGUAUAGCGAUGGCACUCAGGAGAAACUCGAUGAGACCCGCAUGUACUGGGAUAGGUAG